AGGAGCCGCCGCUGCCGCCGUCCUGGGAACCUGCCGCGGCUGCGCUGACUGCGCGCCCUGCUAAUGGCUGAGCCGCGGGGCCGCUCAGUGUGGCUGUAGCGGCCGGCCAGACGGAGCCAGCGACGUGCCCGGAGCCCCGGCGCCCAGAGCCAGCCGCCUCCUCCUCGCGCGCUGCGCCCAGGCCGGGCCAGGCCAGCCUUGGCCGCGGCUGCCCUCCUCGCCUCGCCUCGCCGCGCCGUGCCCCCCGCCAUGGUGUCCUGGAUCAUCUCCAGGCUGGUGGUGCUCCUAUUUGGCACCCUUUAUCCUGCGUAUUAUUCGUACAAGGCAGUAAAGUCAAAGGACAUUAAAGAAUACGUAAAAUGGAUGAUGUACUGGAUUAUAUUUGCACUUUUUACAACAGCAGAGACAUUCACGGAUAUCUUUCUUUGCUGGUUCCCCUUCUAUUAUGAACUAAAAAUAGCCUUUGUGGCCUGGCUGCUGUCUCCUUACACAAAGGGCUCCAGCCUCCUCUACAGGAAGUUUGUGCAUCCUACGCUGUCAUCAAAAGAAAAGGAAAUUGAUGACUGCCUGGUCCAAGCCAAAGACCGGAGCUAUGAUGCCCUUGUGCACUUUGGGAAGCGGGGGCUGAACGUCGCGGCCACUGCAGCAGUGAUGGCUGCUUCCAAGGUUGCCCGGCUCUUUGAUUUUGUCUCAUAUUUGGACCCCAGAGAAGGGCAGGGACAAGGUGCCUUAUCUGAGAGGCUCCGGAGCUUCAGCAUGCAAGACCUCACGACUAUCCGCGGGGAUGGGGCCCCCGUCCCCUCUGGCCCACCUCCCUCAGCCACCAUGCGGACCAGCAGCAAACAUGGCCAGCCCAAGAUGUCCAGAAGUGCAUCUGAAAGUGCUGGAAGUUCAGUGUGUACCUGCUGCACCUCGUGCAGGACCCGGAAAGUGGUUGAGGGAGAGGUGAAUGAGGGGGGUGUGCAGUUGUGGAAGCCGCGCCCACCCCCGAGCAAGGACCCUUUGGCAUUUUCCGACGAGGAAGAGGAGGACCUCUUGGAUUACAUGUACAAGUUUAAAGCUCCCCGGAAGACGGAGAGGCCUCUGGAGGCACCGCCUAGGAUCCUUCGAUCUCGCUUCAGGAAGAAAUGUACCUCAUCCCCUGCCACUGAAACCAUGUGAGUUAGAUGAGCCAACAGCACCGGGAUCUACAGCACGCCUCUUCUCUGCCUUAAAGAGCUAUUCACUUAAUAACAUAGAAAUCUGGGAGCUGGGUGUGCUUUGAGUGGGCAGCAUUGUAGUCAUGGCCUUCUCUCUCUCUCUCUCUCUUUCUUUCUCUUAAAAAAAAAUUCAUUUUCAUGGGAGAAGGGGCUAAGGGUGGGAUAGCAGGAAAUGACCUCUAAGUCCCCUGAGGUUGAUAGUAUUCACAGCUCAAUAGUCAUCAACUUGAGAGAAGAACGUCACGGCAGAAAUCAUCUCUGCUGUUUCUGAAAUACAGAAAUGUUUGGGGUAUAAGUUUGUAAUUUAUCAGUUAUUUAUCUAGUUUUUAUUCCCAUAAAUGCAAAUAAUAGCAAUUAAAAGAAAAUAUCCUCCCUACUUGAUAAGAAUACUUUGGAUCAUCAUGUAUUUUAUAUUUUUGGUUAAAAUAAAUAGACUUGCAGAGGCCAACAAUGCUUCACAAUUAUGUCAAAAGACUGAAUGAAAAAAACAAAUUUUGAUUUUUCUUAAAGCGACAAACCUACUGAAAUUCUUGUUCCCAUAUGGAAUUUGUCAAAGUUUCCAGGUACAACUCAAGCAGGUAUCUGGCAAGUAUUUCACUAUGUGAGUGAGGACAGAAAAAAUUAGUGAUGGAGUGAAGAGAUCUGGUGGUCAGCCCUCUCUGUAAAGUUUUUCUUUUCUAUUCCCCUGAGAUAUAAUAGUGAGCUGGACACCAUGUGAUAAGGAAGGUGUGAAAGGAGGCAGGGUCUCUGCACUGGAUCCGGGCCGGGAAUUCUUGAAUCCUUCCUAGGACCUUGACAGGACCCUUCACCUUGUAAAGCUUCCUGGGGAUGGGACCGUGCACCUACCUCGCAGGGAUGCUUGAAGGACUUACGGACAGAACGAGCUUAGCAGAGGAAAAGUUCUAGGUCCCAGUAAGGAUGCCCCACCAUCUUCCCUGCGCUGACCCACUCUGAAACCGUUCUCACCUGACAGAGACAGGAGGGGUGAAGGCUGCUGCCAGUGAAUUGGUGGAAAGAAAAGUUAGAAUGGGUAUUUUUAACUGAAGCUAAUUCAUUCUAGACAUGUAUGAAAUCACCUGUGAUAACAGGAGCAGGAAAGAUUUUGGGAGAGUUCUGGUGGCAAAAGUUGGUCCUAGAAAACACGGUUAUAUCUGGCUUUCCGUUGAAUUCUAAAUCUUGCUCUUAUCUAGUGGCUUCCAAGAGACAUUUUUCAUGAACUUAUGGGGUCCCAUGAACCCCUGGGAAAGUCUAGACUUGUAUUGAGAACAGAGCCCAAUUUCUUUUUUUCCAAAAAAGGAGAAUCUGGAUUAGAUGUCAUUUUAGUCUUAAGUGUUAGGAUAGUGUUUUCAUCCCUAGAUUAGGAAAGAAGAGGAAGAAGCUGUAUUGAGUAUUUGUGCUUUCAAGAUAUAAGUGUAUUCUGCAUGCAGUGUUCACCAAGCAGUUAAUCAAUCCUUUAGCUGAUUGUGUUGGCCUUUAAUCUGUCCCAUAGGCUAGAAAACAUGUGUACCACAUAAGAAUUGCUGUCAACUGAAAUAUAUAACCGGGUCUAUUAAAGACUGUUCCAUUAUUAACAUAGUUAAGGUGCAGCGGGCCAUCUAGGGAGAUGGUGAACUGGCAGGCUCAGAAAUGUUUGUCCUUGAAAUUGUUUGCCAGUUACUAUCCCUUGGGUCCUUCAUAAAUUAUUUUCUAGUAUCCUUCAAUUAAAAAAAAAAAAUGAACAAACAAAAAAACCCGCUUCUAAAUGAGUUAAGAGAAAUCCCUGAGCACUACUGUUUUGUUUUGUCUUUUAAAGGAGGACAGAGCAUUUUCCCCUUGUCACGAUACUUCCACAUGUAAUUGGGAAGAAAUGUGAUUUCCCUCAAAUGUACCAAUUUGAGGUUAUUAAGAGAAAUUUUUUAUAAUUUAGAAAGCUAUUUACCUUUUAGGUAACAACUAGGAAAUACUCAUCAUUGAAUGUGCCCAGAAAAAAACUUUGAGGAGCCCAGCUUGCAUGCUUACGUUAUGCAAUUUUUUUUUCUUUUGCAAAAAAUCUCCCCAAAAACAAACAAAAAAAAAAACUUUAGCAGAAAUUAAAAUCCUAUUAUGAGCAAGCUUUUUUUUUUCCUCACUAUUAUGCAACAGGAAAUUUUGACAAGUAGAAACUGACAAAUUUGCACUCAGUUAUGCCAAAAAAAAAAAAAAAUGUUUGAAGAACUCUCACAUAUGCUGUAUUACUUUUCAUUCUAGAUAAAAAUAAGAAUAGGUGUCCAAGCUGCUGUCUUAAAUGUAAACUUGACUAUUUCAAUUUUCCUUCAAGUGUUGAUACGGGAGUUGGUUUCUCUCUCAGACAUUCACUGUACAACUGAGAAGUUUUCAUAUCUCUGGCAAAAUGUGUAUUUAUCCAACAAGCUGUAUAUUUGUGUAUAGACUGACAUGAAAUGUGAAUGCCUCCAAAUGUACGCUUAGUGGUGUGCUCUGUCUACAAAAUAAGACAAUGUUUUUAAUUUGCUUAAUUACAGACACAGGUUGUUUACAAAAUGCUAGCUCAAAAGUCUGUAAUGGUUAUGUAUUGACUUAUAUUUUUUCAUAGCCUUUGGGCACCUGUAUUACUUGGUGGGGGUGGGAGGUGGGUGGGUAGGGAGGGACACUGGUCUAAUCCUUAUAAAGUGGGAGAGGCAGUUCAGCCCAGCUCCCUCCUGGCUUCAGCUAAGCCACCCGCUAGCUUCAGCUGGUCUUUGAAAUGUGUGUUUCUACAUUGUAAAGUGUCCUUGUCCUUGUGAUAGAACGCUGGCCCGCGCCAGCUGUGGUUUUAUCUUGGGUUUGUUUCUGUCUUAGCUUCAGGUAAUCACCGCUCUCGAUCUGGCACAGUGUUUAAAAUAGCCAAGGACACUUGUAUUCAUGCUCUCACAACUCGCCCUCAGAGAAAUAGCUGAUAAAUUAAGGAUCAUAACUGUGCAUAUUAUGAUAGUUGACUUCUUGUAAUCAGCCUAGAAAAAUCUGUCAUAGAAUAGUAGUAUACCAAACAACGCUUGGGAGCGAUGUCAAGGACAGUAUUCCAAAGGUGAAAGUUCUGCUGUUUUGUUAUACUUCUUGCUUGAUAUAUUCAUCUUGAAUAAAUAAAGUCUUAACCUUUUCUUUAAAAAAAAAAA